AUGCGUGGCAAAAAAAUCCGGAAAGCACGCGUUUUGAAGGCCUCUCCACAUUUUCAAAGAGUCACCACGAAGACAGAUGCUUCCCUCGAGGCCUGCACGAUCCGAAUCUCGUUUAGAGGAGAGGGCAGAGAGGAACAGGGUGGUCCAGCCCAGCUGGAUGCAGGCCCGUGGGAGGCUCCCUUCCGUCUGCCCCAGGUUGGCUCAGGGACCACACCGAAGCCGGACCCGAGGCGCCGGGCUGGGCAUAGGGCAUGCCUGGCGCGUAGGAGGCUCUGGGGUCAACGGGGCGGAGGGAGCGAGAGAACUCUUUGGGGCGGCUUCCUGAGCGGUGUCACCGGCCUGGGGCCCCCGCAGGGCCCAGCUGAGGGUCCCAGCGUCACCAGCCCAAAGCAGUCUGAGCUCUGGAAGCCCCGCGGCUGCUGGAAGGGAGGAGAAGGAAGGGUGGUGGCACUGGGGGAUGUGCCAGAUGGAACAGUGGUGACUGUGAUGGCAGGCAAUGACGAGAACUACUCUGCUGAGCUGCGCAAUGCCUCGGCCGUCAUGAAGAACCAGGUGGCCAGAUUCAACGACCUUCGAUUUGUGGGCCGCAGUGGGCGAGGAAAGAGUUUCACACUGACCAUCACUGUGUUCACCAACCCCACCCAAGUAGCCACCUACCACCGAGCCAUUAAGGUCACUGUGGACGGACCCCGGGAGCCCAGACGGCACCGACAGAAGAUAGAGGACCAGACCAAGGUGUUCCCUGACCGCUUUGGAGACCUGGAAAGGCUUCGCAUGCGGGUGACGCCAAGCACGCCCAGCCCCCGAGGCUCACUCAGCACCGCCAGCCACUUCAGCAGCCAGGCCCAGACCCCAAUCCAAGGCACCUCGGACUUGAACCCUUUCUCGGACCCCCGCCAGUUUGACCGCCCCUUCACCCUGGCGGAGAGCCGCUUCCCCGACCCCAGGAUGCAUUACCCCGGCGCCAUGUCGGCUGCCUUCCCCUACAGCGCCACGCCCUCGGGCACCAGCAUCGGAGGCCUCAGUGUGACGGGCGUGCCAGCCGCCAGCCGCUUCCACCACACCUACCUCCCGCCGCCCUACCCUGGGGCUGCGCAGAGCCAGAGCGGGCCCUUCCAGGCCAACCCGGCGCCCUACCACCUCUACUACGGCGCCUCCUCGGGCUCCUACCAGUUCUCCAUGGUGGCCGGCGGGGGCAGUGGCGGGGGUGAGCGCUCGCCCACCCGCAUGCCGACCUCCUGCCCCAGCAGCACCGUCUCCAUGGCCACUGGCAACCUCAUGAACCCCAGCCUGGGCCAGGGUGACGGCGUGGAGGCCGACGGCAGCCACAGCAACUCACCCACAGCCCUGAGCACGCCGGGCCGCAUGGACGAGGCCGUGUGGCGGCCCUACUGACCCCCCGCGAGGAGGGGACCCGGUGCUCUGACGGGGACUCCGGGCAGCAGUGGGACUUGUGCUCCUGCGCGGCCAGGGCCCCAGGGGCUAGAGCUGCAUUGACUCCGACAGGACUGUCCAGCCACGUCGUCGCCCAGAGGGGAAGGGGACCCCCUCCAGGACACUGUCCCCAGCCUGGUCCCAGUCCCAUGCACCCCAGAGCCACCUUGUCAUCUCCACCCCUCUGGGGUCAGCCCCAAUCCCAGGGAAGAAGUUGACAGACCACAGCCUUCCUCAGACGCCCUCCCCUGUGGGCCAGUCCAGUCCGCAUUUGCACCCAUUGAGUCAGAACUAGAAAGCCCCCUCCCGGAGAAGGGUCCCCUCACUGCAGAGAUGGGGCAGGACCUCAGAAGGCCAGCAGAAGGGAUGAGCUGCACCGCAGGAGGCCCCAACCCUGCUUCCUGCCCUCCCUAGCAGCUCAGAAGCCCUUGGCCCAUUUCAGCUGCCCAGGGCACCAGGCCCCAGAGCAAGUGGGCUGUGGUGUCAGUGCCCUAAAGCAGGGAAGGGCCUUUCUGGCCAGCCACCAUGCACUUGUCCAGGCCAUGGCGUCCCUCUGCCCUCUUGCGGGGAGUCGCCUUAUUUCCAUUUGCUGAGACAAGACAAGAGUCACAUGGGUCCCAGCGGAGAGCCCUGAGGUGUGGUGUGGAGGACUCAGGUCUAUGUCCCUGUCACCAAGGUCCCAUCGAGCACUGUCCCACCACCUCGGAUAGCCCAGCCAAAUCUUCCAAUACCUGCCACAAAGAUCUCUUUAACCUGUUUGCACUCCCAAAGCGAACAGUCUUGAACAAAUUCAGUUUUUAAAAGUGAUUUUAGAAAAGAGCAGCUUCAGUUAUAUGUUUUUGAACACGAGGCCUCUAGCAGGUAGUGCUCCGGGCUUGUGAACACCACCUCCCACCUGCUGCCUUCUACCAGUACACAAUUAUCAAGACCCCUCCUCCUCCCCGGCACAUCCCUGCCUCUGCCGGGAGACCAGGGGAUGUGGGGGAGGAGCGUGGGCCCUCCUGUCUGUGCUCCCAGGCAUUUGUCCAGCACACAGUGGGGCAUGGUGGGGUGAGUGGAGUGUGGGAACAGCGCAGGCUGUGUGAGGCUCUCAGCCUUGGCCGGGGCCCCCGUGUUCAGAAGUCCGAUGUUUCCCCUCCAUCCUGCAGAUGAUGCGAAUCCCUGCAUCUUGCAGAUGGAAACACGAGUCUACGAGGUUCUUUGUGUCUGAGUUCUUGAUGGAAAAGGAUGAGAAAACAAGGGUUCGAUGCCACAUGACUCUCAGCCACAUCCUCUGUGGGUGUGGAAAUCUCCCCUACAGUGUCCCUUCUUACUGCUCUAUGUCAUAGCAAGUGAUUGGCCAGGCUACUCCCAGCUGUAACAACAGCUAGAUAUGUUCUCUGACUGCUGAGGGAGUUCUGAUCCAACUCGGAUCCCUCCUGUUGCAGUUUCUCUUGUCCUGUCCUCACUGGAAGUCAGUAUUCUUUUCACAAUAGCAGCUGAGGGUGUCCUGCAGGGUGUCCUCCCUGCACCCUGGGGGCCCCUCGCCCCUUCUCAGGAAGCAGCUACAAACCUACUACCCUCCUACUUGCUUCACUCUCUCCCAAGGCCAACGAGGGAGACGCCCUGUGGCUCCCAGCGCCCAGUACUUUGUAGCCCCAGUUCAGAGACUGCCCCCUUCUGAUGCCCAGGCCCUGGUCAGGGCAGGACAGGAAGUAAAUUGACCCUGCACCCUCUCACCCUCUGCUGAGCGGCGAUGGUGGCCCGGCCUAGUCUGUUUGGACUCCCUGGCUGGGGAGAAUGGGUCCCGAUUUGCAAGGCUGCUGUAACAGUGUGCCACACAAACACAUGUGGUGGAAAGCACAAGGAAAGAAGGGUUAGGGUACGAUGUCUGCGUGAGUGCUUAGGGUGGGUGCAGACCCUCUGUUACAUUGUCAUGCCGAGGUGUCCGUACCUGCUCAAACCUUCCAGAAAAUCGUCCCCAGCCGGGGGCGGGGGUGCUGCUGCUUUGCACUGUCAUUUGCUUAAUGUGUUUGUGUCUCAUGCACAACCUGCUUGUACAGUACACUGUCUGUCUUCGGUACUAUU